UGUAGCUGAGCGAUUAACUCAUUAAAAAGCAACCGUGCAAUGCAGAAUUGUUUAAAAUGUCUCACUUGUUUGCUUAUUCUGUCAUUUAUGUUUGAUUUGUGUACGUUGACACGACUGACAUGAUUAACCCUGAUAUCUACUUUGUAUGCACUGGAUUCUGUUCAGUUAGCGAUAAACGUCGGAUGACUGCCAUCGGCAGGAUGAUUGGCGUUUCCAGACUCGGACUAAUAAGAACUGAUGAAGCUGUUGACAGUGACAUCCAGUAUCUCUCAGUGGCACUGAUAUGUUGUGAAUGUCUGAAGUCUGAUUAAAUUGGUGUGUAAUUGUUCAUAUCUACUAAGAUGUCACUGAAUAUAAAACCCAACACGUCCUUGAUUGACCAGAUCAAAGGGGAAUUGCCGAGGUCGACAGUUUACUAUUUACUUAUUGCUAUCCUGAUGGCACAAGCCUGGACGGUGUAUCUGACCUACUACAAUUCCCGCAUUCUUGGACUCAUCACUACCCUUGUCAUCAACAAGUUCUUCAAGUAUGGACAUAUUAAGUUUGGAUCAUUUUCAUUUUCCGUUCUCUCUGGCAAGAUCAUGUUCCGUGAUUUCCAUUUUAUAACGGAAGACUAUUCUAUACGUGUACAGUAUGGUUGGAUAAUAUUCCGAUGGUGGCGUCCUUAUGUGUACAAAGAAAUAACUGAAGAUUUCUCACAUUCUGAAACGAGAAUGUCGCUGUUUGUGGAUCAGCUAGAGUUUCAUAUAUAUAAUCGGUCAGCAACGUAUGCCCAUUUGGAGAAGCUGUUUGGAUUAAAAGCAAAGAUAAUUCCUGAAAACGAUGGUGAAACUGUUGAAAGCAGGAUUACAGUUCCUCAAGAUGGCAUUCAUUGGCGUGACUUGGUCCCAGUGAUUAAAGUGGACAUAAAUUCAGGUAGAUUAAUAUUUGGGAACUAUCUGAUGCCAUACACACUGAUUGGAAACUUUGAAGAGGCACACUUGGUGUAUACGACAAAGCCGGCAUCCACUCCGUUUGACCAGUUCAUGCACGUGAUCAAGUGUAAGGCAGAGAACACGCGUGUGAUGCUCGUACCGAGCCCCAAGUACACUGGACCUGUUGACGAACCGCCAAGAUUCAUGGGUGAAGGCUUUGUUGUUCUCCAGUCAAAUGAAUUUGAUAUAUAUUUCUACAUGGAUGAAGCAGGACUUGUACCUCAUGAGCCCGAGCUGAUGGAGAUGGCAGACGGAGAAGUGGUUGUCAGACGGACCUACCCGUGUUUUGGGGUCGACAUCAAGUGUGGCAAGAACACAGACUUUAAUUACGGACCAUGGGUCGACAGACAGAGAGACCACCUGUGGAAGUUUUUCUACCCUGCAGACUAUCAACCCAUGAUUCCGAGCGUCGAGCCGAAACCCGGAGAAACUCGCAUGUACAGAUCGUUUGAACUAAAGAUGACCAUCAUCGCUGCAACAACCAUUGACAUUCUCUUUACUAAAAACACUGAGACGCAGGCCAUACACAUGAACGCCAGUCAGGGUUCGUACAUUGAGGCCAUCAUUCCCUGGAUGGUGGAGGAGACCGGGUAUGAGACGAAGGUCAAAGGUCAGCUCAUGUUGCUUGACGCGACAACCAGCAUGCCGUACAGGUCUCUGAUGGAGUGUGAAACACUGGAGUUUGACGUUGCGAUGAAGUACCCACUGGUGUGGAACAUGCACCAGGACUAUGUGUGUAACCUGACGGCCUGCAAGGCUAUGGUCUACCUGCUGUUUGAACACAAACAUUUCUUCACUGAUUUGGCCGAUGACUGGUCAAACAAAAGUCGCCCUGACCUGUACAGCUUCAUACCUUACACGUGGACCAUCAACAUUAUGGUCAAACAGUUUGAGCUGCUUACACUUACCAAUGAAUACAACUGGAUUGACCCAUCUUCACAGCACCAGGAAAACGCACACAUAGCAUUUUGUGGUGAGAUAUUUGACCUGUCAGUGCAAAUACCCUUCACAGACUUCUUGCCAGUAACUCUUCCGGUUCACCUUGUCAUAAAGGGUGAAACAGUGGACUGUCGACUGUACCUCCCAGAACACCACACAAGUCGCCACACACUUAUGGCUCUCUCGGAGAACAUAAAGAUUGUGAACCGCAAUGGCAGUAACACUCACAAGUCGUAUGCGGCUUUUCGUGAAAAAGCUUGGAGGAAGAAAACACAGACCAGUGCUGGAUGGAUAGACUGUUGGAACACAUCCUCUGUCGCCUUCUCCCUUCUCUACACAUUCCACCCGAGCCCGAUCCUCAACUUCACCUCGAAAAGCCCAAUUGGCCUUGAUGAGCUGCCAACACCGAUGAGAGAAGAAUCCUUGUUGUCUCCUCUGCGACCGCCCCCAUCUGACACGCCCAAGAAGAAAGUGACUGCAGCAAAUUUUGAUGCCACAACGUUGGAACCCGAUGUCAUAAACGUGGAGCUGGAGCUGGCUCCAUCCGUACUGUGUCUGUACGGCUCACUGCUUCGCAAUUUUAUACACCUCAAGGAGAACUACCUUGGUGAGGAUCAGUCCAUUACUGACAUGAACAGCAGCCUGGACUCGGUCAAGGACCGGUAUGAUGAGCAGGACAGCUAUGUACACAUUGAGAAUCCUGAUGAUUCCAGGUCUGCGUUUGAUGCAAGAAUGUAUCGUCCACUGUCUGUCACUGUCUCAGUGGUACUGCACGACAUCCAAGGUCAUCUAGUUAAGAGCUGUAGCUCGGUAGACGCGGCCUGCCCGACACUCCACAUAGAGCGGCUGUGCUUUGAGAUGGACAAGUCGUAUGAAGAAACCAAGUUGCAGCUCCUCUUGUCUCCAGCUGUUCUGCUUGUCAAAGAUACUGUUGUUCGUGAUGUUGAUCAAGACCACUUGAAGGAGGGUCACCUGGCAUUGUCUGGGCUGCAGGUCAGAGGUCACGCGAUGUUCUCCCACGAGGGGCUGACCCUGGACAGUGAGACUCUGGAGUAUGCGUGGCUGGUGGAGGCCGUCAUCGGGGAGGUCACUGGGAAACUGACGUCACCACAGCUGCAGAACAUUGUCGAGUAUCUGCAGACAAACAUCAUGUUGCUGGAGGAUGCGGAGAACACGCUGAAGCGAUCGAAGCCGUACACGCUGUGCCAGCACAUGAUCCGACAGGCGCAGUGCCGCAUGGCGCCGACGCUGCCAUUCCCGUGUCCAUCCACAGAGGACGUCAAAUACAUGAUGGUGCGAGCGUCCAUCGACUCCAUCAACCUCUUCAUCCUCGAGACGGAAGCUGCGCUUAACAUGCAGAUCAGUCCCAUUCGAGUAUCCAAGUGUGAUCUUCACAGUCCUAGUAUUAGAGGUGGCAUAACGGCGAUCGUAGACAACAUCUCCAUGAAGCAGUUCAUAUCCUGUUCAACCCUGCGAGUGGAACGUUCCGCCCCUGAGAAAUGGUUGAAUGCUGGUGGCUUUGCAUUCGGCCCCAUUGUUGUGGAGGCUGCCAUAGCCUUGCCAAGUCCGGAACUUUACGACAUCCAGGACAAAUUUCUUCAUCUUCACGACAAGAAGACUCAACGGCUUUGGUUUCUGUGGCCUCCAGAACAGACAUAUGCUGCUAAUCACCCAAACAUUGUGGGGAAAUGUGGAUGCAUUGGAGGAUGCAAGUUCUUUGGAUACAACAAGAAUGGAGUGACUUUCUUUCAGUCUCGUAAACCUAGAGAAUCAUCUUAUGCAGCAGUUCCACAGGUCUGUCCAGAUGGACUUGAUCCAGGCUUUGCUCAAAGUCUCCUUCAGAAGGACAAGCUUGUGUUUGAUGUCAGACAGUCUUUCUGCAAAUCUGCAAGUAGAGUUUCCGAAAAAGACUUCUCAUUUACCAGGGGAUAUAUGAGUGGGCUUAACAGUCCAGAUUCUACUGGAACUGCCAACGACACCAUCCUGGAGUGCAGUGUUCUGCGUAAGGACUCGGACAGCAUUCACAAGAAAAGAGUCAGCAUUUCCAACUCAGAAACUCCUUCCCCUGUUGGCAAACAGAUUGGGUCGCUGUCAUCAUUCCAGCAUCAGAGCUAUCCUUGGAGAUCAUCAUCCAGCAGUCCGUCAUCACCAUCUACAGUCGUCAGACAGAUGUCUUUAGCAGGCUCCAUCUCAAAAGUGUCCAUUCCAAGUCCAGUUCUCGGCAGGCACCACAGAGGUUCAGCAUUCAGCUACCAGUCGUACCAGUCCCUAGAGAGUGAAUACUACUCAGCAGAAGAAGAAAAAAAUUCUGAGGUUAAGUCCAUUUCUUCUGACAGUUUCGACACCAUAUCCAUGUCUCUGCCUGGUUCCCCAGAAUCUCCGGGUUCCCCAGGUUCCCUAGAGUCUCCUGGUAUUAGCAUCAAUUUGGACUCCACUGUUAUCGACCAGACCGUCAAAUUCAUGGGAAAGGUGGAGUCCGACUCGGACACAGAAUCGACAGCCAGUUACGAAUCUGCAGCGUCCGAACGGAACAGUGACUCGACAUUGGACGAUCCAACUGACCUCUCCUUCAUUGACCUGCACAGCCAGAUGAACAAGUCGAUCACCCAGUCGCCGCUCCUGUUGUCCUGCUACUCCAGUCACCUGGCUCAGUACAGCUGUAACGACUGGGUGACCCCGUCGUCACAUUCCCACAUGUACGCUGGGAAGAAAGUUUCACAAUCCUUUCAGUCUCAGUUCUCGCUGUCUUCGGCGACACAUUCAGUGUUCAGUUCCAGUCACUCCUGGAUUCCACAUUUUAUAAAGUCUCGUGACGGGUUCCACACAGGUGUCAUGAAGGACAAGGAAGAACCGAGACCGGCGACGCCAACCAACGUGAAAAAUUCAAAGUUCUUCUCGUCCAUGAAUGAUCAGAGUUUUGAAGAAUGUUCUGAUUCAGAGACGGAAAUCCGACUUGUGAACGAUACGUCCAAGACGACAGCUGUCGUUAAGAUAACAGGCUCCUUUGACGUCAUGUUAACCCCUUUACUCUUGGAAGCACUGCAGAGAUUUAUAGAGUCAGUGACACCGAGCCUGGCAUGUGUACAUCCCUCUUCUCUAAUCGACGGGCUGCAUGCUCAGUGUAUUGAGAAGGUCAAAUGUCAGAACCGUCUGGCGAAGGCGACCACCGCAGAUGUUGACACCCAGGAUGACGUCGACGUCACUGACACGCCCGGCUCAGCCUCCAAUGAGAAGAACAAGAUAGAGGUCUUCAAAACAUCGUCCUUUCAGGCUUUCUUCUCGGUGCCUAAGAUAAAUCUGUGUGUGAUGCAGGCCUCGCUAGUGGAAGAAGUGAUUUCCUUUGCCGUGCUGGACAAUGUCAAUGAUCUCACGGCUGUGUCUCUGUUUGCCGUCUGCGUGGAUGGAUUUGAGUGUCAGAUCCUGUCAAACACCCACCACUGUAAACGAGAGUCGAGCAACAUCCAACAGCCCAACACCACUCCCAGCCACGUCAAGACAAAACCAGACUUGUGUCAGACAGACAGUCUUGGGUCAGAAUGUCGACAGGUGGAGCUGACAAGAGAGGAGAACGUGGCCACCCUGCAGCUCAAUCGGAUGCAUUGCCAGUUGAGACGUCUGCUGAAGAACAGUAAUUUCUCGGACCACGUCAUGUUGACGGCCAUCCCCGAACACCGUUCCAGUGUGUCCUUCACCUUCGACCACACUGCGUACCCACUCUCGACCGCCCCAUCCCCCUUCCCUUCGUCCCCAAGAAAACGAGUCUCCCUGCAGCAGAGUCUGGACUGGCAGGACGACCUGACCAUUGGCUUCAUCAUGUUCGAGGGUGGACUGGAGAGCAUCUCCGUGACGGCGGUCCGUCGCCUCGGUUACGCCAACACGGUGGACAUCCACCUCCAGCGGAAGAUGGACAACAUCGAGAAGGUCCUGGAGGACAUGCAGCAGACGACGCGCGACUCGAUCAGACAGAUGACGCGGAGCGAGACCAGCUCUACAGAUGACCAGCCGGCUAGCUCGGCCUCUGGAGGACACAGCUCCGAUAAUCUCCAGUCCUGGGACUCCACCCAGUCGAUCGCGUCAAAGGACUCCAUCUCCGUGGCCCCUCCGCCGAGCACCCAUCCUUUGGAAGGUGAUGCCUCUAACGGCUCCCUGCAGCUGAAGACCAUCUGGCUAAACUUCGCAGCCCCUCCGCCCAUCUCCAUAAAGAAGAAAGUCGAUUUUACAAGACUGGACUGGAACCUGCUGAGUACAGCGACCCCAGCCAUCAAUGCAUGGAUGAAUCCCACAGACCGCCUCCUGAUCGCUGUGCGGCAACUCGUCAAAGUGUUGACCAAGCGGAUUGGGGCAGUCAUGGCCUGUCUCAUGACAGAAGGUCUGGAGGCGCCGCGAAUCCAUGUUGCAUGCAAGAGCAAAUUUGAUAAGAUCACCACUCUGUCCAAAACGUUGCGGGAUGAACCAUCCUGCCAGCUUCUGACCGUGUUACAGAAAUACAUCCACCAGUGCGGGACCGACGGGAUCGAGAGGACGGUGCAGUCCGAGACCACCCCGCAGCUGAUCACCCUCCAGAAGGGAAUCCUGGCUCUGACGCGGCAGUGGAAGAACGUCCUCUACAUGCCCAACCUCUCCAACCUCAACUUCAAGGCCAAGAAAGUGAGACCCUGCAACGUGACGUUUUCCCUGCCGGAGUCGGUGAGUGUUGAAAACGUGAUGAUGGACGAGAGCGAGUGUCUGACAGAGCAUUACGACGUGGUUGAUGAGAAGACAUCAUUGCUGCAAGCCGAGGGAGGGCAGAUUACAAAAUCUACAUCAAGUCUGGCAAGUCACGGGCCCCAGCCUAUGAGUACCACUGGCAAGAUGGAAGGUCCCGAUCAGAUCAGCACGGCAUCAAGUCUCUCAUUAGGGCCAAAGAAACUGUUUGCGCAGGUUAGGUCAAGGGGACAUUCUGAGGACAAGAAAGGUCACACACACCUUCUUCUGCCUCCCAAAGCUCAUCAAAGUCUAUCUCGAAAUGACAGCAACUACAGUUUCCACUCUGCUGCCGAGACCCUGACGUCUUUAGACGCAGGUGGCCAUGCUCUGUCCCCUCCACCCACACCUUCUCGCAGCUCUGGUCCGAAGCCAUCUAUCUUGAAACAGAAGUGUGAGAAGACAAAGGAUCUGUAUCAGUGGAUGUCGAACCAGAAGAAAGACUUCCGUCUGCCCAUGGAUGAGGACACGAGAUGUGAUCGUGUGCAUGACUCCAUGAUGGGAGGUCUCGGUAGUGCCUGGAGCCAGGACGACAGCAAGACGGAUGUGAAUGAUGGAUUCCUGACGAUGGCGACAUCCAUCAUGCAGUUGGCAGAUGCUCAGGUCCUCUUCAAGCCGCUGCUGCAGAGUCUGGGCCUGCACGUGGAGGGCGUGAGGCCGUCAGCGGUGAUGAGGAAGUUUGGAGGACACCUCUUCCUGCAGAUUCAUCUCGAUCAGCUCAAAAUUCAGAUCGCAGAGUCCGAGGCAUCGUGUUCCAAGUACAAGUCUUUUGAUGCCAGGAAGAGAGUGAAGAUGAACUGGAACACGAGCAACCCGGCGUUCCUCUGUGAAGGUUUUGCUGUCAACGUGUCGAUGAAGGACGUCAUGGAUUUCGGUGAGGAGAGUGGCGAGGAUGAAAAAGCGAAAUCCUUUCCCAUGACGUUUGCCAUGCACAAGCUAGAAGCGAAACCAACCACUCUACAGAUCAGCUUCUUGAUCAACUGUAACGCCAUCACCCAGCUAGUGGACAUGGCUCUGCUGAGACUGGUGCAUCAGUUUGUGACGAUGAUCGCCAAUGUUAAGGAAACUCAGGUAGAUUUGAAAGAGAGGCGGACAAGUCUGGACUGGAUCAAGACCCACCGAAAACAGGAAUCGAAAGAUUCUACUUCCAGUACAGACACUCAACAGUCGGAUCUUUCUCGACUCGAUCUGACUCCCUCGGCUCCCUCUGUCAGUGCUGCCGACAGCCUCUCCACCAUCAAUACUCCGGACGGUGACAAAGCUCGAAUUAAAUCACCCAAAGGAAGCAAAGGUACCUCUCCUUUGUCAUUCGACUCAAGACGUCCAUCAAAAUUGCAACUACCAGUCUUGCACAAAAAGUCCCAUUUACGUUUUUCAAAAGACUCGAAGAAGGAAAAAUCUUCCAUGACUUCGUUUAAGCAAUCGGAAGUGUUUGCCACACCUCAGUCCAUAAACCUCAGUGACUCUGUGACUAUCGAUAUUGUGGACACCUCGUCACCAGCUUUAGCGGAGAAGACGAUUGUGGAUGAAAUCAAAGAGAGCACCCCUCAGUGUUGGAGACACCUGUAUCACCUAUUGGAGUUGUACUCCACGAUUCCCGAACCGAAGACGGUGUACCGAAAGUCGGGAAUACCAGCCCUGUCGGUGAUAGAAGAGGAAGACACGGAUAAAGAGGCCCAUUCUAAACAGUCGAGCCUGGACGAUGUUAAACACCUGACUCAGAGGAAGGUGGACCUGGCCGCAGCUGAAGAGGGAACUCUCGGUGACAAGCCACCCUUGGCACAGACAUCUUUCAUUAAGACCAAGUUCAAACAGAGUAUCUACAUUGGAGAAAGUAUACCAGUGGUGGUGUAUGGAAUCACGAAGGUGGAAAAGGUUCGAAUGCUGGCAGAGCUUAGUGGAUUGAAGUUAGAGGCUGAAUUGAAACGUGUGCAUGCAAGUGGAACAUACAAAAAGAAGAUCAAAGGAGUGUUGCACCGGAUUUCAUCCGAUUCGUCUUUCAGCGCUCAUGUUGGUCAGACGAUGAUUGUCCUCCUGGAGGGCAUCCCUCCCAGCAUGCAGACGGUUGUGACAGUGAACAUCAGGAAAUCUCAGGCGAUCCAUACAACGGUGAUGAGACGCGGCAAGGAACACAACACGGCGCUGGUGUCCAUCGGGGUCAUCUCCAUCGACAUCCCCCAGCACCCGGUCGUCCUUCACACCAUGAUGGCGCGCAGCUCGCGGCAAAUCACAUCCACGCUGCAGGAGUUCAGACGCACACAGACACGUAUAGGUAAGACAACUGACCUGAACAGCAGUGUGUCUGAAAAACUGGACAAACAUCUUCCAGAGAAUAUGCGUCCCGGCCGGGUCAAGAAGCAGGAGUUGAAGGAUGAAGUGACGAGACUACACAUCCACUUUAAGAUCAUCAUGCAGGGCAUCACCACUGGGGCCGCCAUACUGCCAUCACUCAAGGCUCAGCACAGGACUGGAGUGAUCACGAUGACAGGAAUGACUGGGAAGAAGGCCAGGUUUACAGGAGUUCUUCCUAAACACACACUCAGCUUCAAAUCAAAGGUGGUCACUACUGAGACCUCAAUCCCGUCGUCUGCGAGCAUCGAGCUGCCUCCGUUCCACAUCUCGGCGGACUACCGCCUGCACAAGUCGGCGGACUCUGAGAGCAACACGAUGAGCGAGGGGCUGGUGCUGAAGGAGGGGAGCUACCUGAACGCAGUGGUUGAGGUCGGGAUGCUGGAACACAGCCUCACCACCGACCUCCUCAACCACCUCGUCUUCGUCCAGAAAGUCUUUAUGAAGGAGGUGAAUGAGAUAGUACAGAAAGUGUCUGGCUCGGACAAGCCGCUGCAGUUACUGAGGGAGGAUGAGGACACGGCCACUAAAGAUCCUCUUCUCUACACCUUCUCUGUCAGGUUCAAGGGUAUACAAAUAACAGCUACCACACCCACAUCGAAUGCUGUGAGGUUUGAAACUCAGGAGAUUGAGCUAGAGGUGUCCAACAGAGUACAGAUGACAGCCAGAGAACACAAUCCAGAUAUAGAAUACAGAGACAAAAAGAAAGUGUUCAUCCGUGCACAAGUUGACCUUAAUGUUGCCUUGGGUCAGUUACUCAAAAAUCCAGUUUAUGAAGAAGAUGACCCUGAGUUUCAGACGAUGGCUUUCUUCAAAACGAAGAUUGGAGUCCGAAAUGCAUUGCAGGAUGAACUGAUUCCCAAGGUGUCCACUAACCAGGAGGUUCUGCUCAUCAACCUGACUCGCCCAAUAGUACUGGCCCAGCCUCUUGCCUUUGACAAAGCUGUGCUGGUCUGGCUAAACUACAAAAAUGCUUAUGAGUACUGGACAGAACAAAGAAUGAGUUUAAAUAAAGAGGUCCAAAAUGCAACUCGUCAGUUCAUCGACAAGUUACCACAGCUGACACCUUCUGUGCCCGUUUCCUUAAGCACUUUGUUUCUUCAACUCACAGUUGACGACAUGGGAAUAUGCGUUCCCAUUGAGUCCAUGCAGUCAGGGGGCACUCAGACAAGUCGUGUUGUAGAGAGUGAACCCGGCGCUGCCCUUGUUCUCACCAUCGAGAACACACAAAUAUCAGCCUGUUCUUCAGGGUCUCUUGUCAGUAAAGGCAGGUUUAAUGGUUUCUGCUUCAGAUUUGCCGACGAGUUUGAGACUUCCUGGGAUGACUGGAAACCCGUGGAGCAGGAUGAACCAAUCAUGAACAUCUGUUGUGUCCCCGCUGGAACGUACGAAGUCUGUUCCAGAACCAUCAACAAGCAGGCUUCAGCUCCUACCAGUAAUGCCAAGUGGAUCCUCAAUGUGCGCUGGGAAAUGCAAGGCAUAGAAGUUAACUUUGACACCAACAUUGGUAAGCAGUUGUCUGCCCUUGGCCACACACUGACCGCUCUAGCCGGAGAGACGGAUGAAAACGUGUACAGAGUACAGGACGAUGAGACAGAUUUUAAUGACAUGGAGAUGGAUGACGCAGAGUUGGACAGCUUGUACCAGCGAUCUAGCAAAGUGUCAGAUAUUUUACCUGAUGAGUUGUUUAGUCAAGACUACAAGGAAAGAGUUCGACAGAUUGAAUUCCGGAUGAAUGAACAGGCUAAAGUUGUACAGGAUCUUCAAGAUCUAGGUGCAUCUGAAUCUACUAUUGAAGUAGAAAGAAAGAAGCUUGAAGAACUACAAGCGAUCUUAUUCCACGAUUUCCGCAGAGAUGUCUUAAGCAGACUAAAGAAGCAGGGUGAACGGGCAUCAGCAAUUCGGGACACACUGGGUUUAGAUCCAAAGCCUUCUCAUACGCGGUCAAAGUCCUAUGGAGGUCAUCACGGAGGUCAUGGUAGACGAAGAGAAAUGAGUUUGUAUGAAGGAGAAAUUGAAAAACCUAGAAGCCCGGACUACAGAUCACAGAAACGAUCAAAAUCGAUUGAGGUUCCCAUAGCAACACUUCCAAAAGUUAAGUUUGGGGGAAGCAAGACUGAGACAUAUACUCCACCUGACUCUCCUACUGACGUGUCUGAGCGGUCUGGCCGAUCAGAACGACCGCCCUUCACUCGCACGCCCUCAGACUUUGUCGGCUUCAGCUCCUCCGAAUCGGAGACUUCACUCGACGCAGAAACUAGAGACCUGCAGGAAUUCCUCCGAUAUCCAUCAGCUUAUGUAACAAAUGACAGCGACAGUCAGACGGAUAAUUCCAUUUUUGCCAGUCCAGUGGGUGGAAGUUCCAUGUCUGAACCCAACGUAGACUUCGAGCUGGACGUCAAAGUGCUCAUUGACAGUGGGCAGUGCGUCCUCUUUCCCAAGGAAGCCAAGGAGGAACUUAAAAAGCAGCAGAAACGUGAGCGAAGUCAGUCUUCAGAGCAGGUGUCUCCGCAGUCUCGCAGGAAACUCAAACGACAAGAGGCAUCAGCAAGUGCGAUGUCCGGAUCCCGAAAAGCACCCACUCCAGUUGUGAUCAAUGUGGAAAAGACUGUGUUCUACCUGCCUGGAGUUGACGUCAAGGUGCACUACUCCUCGAAGACUGGACAAGACGCGGGUUCUGGGAGUGGCAGUGUGUCUGACGUUCAGGAGAAGAUGACCAUCAAGCCGACAGUCUCAUUCCAGGAACCUCCAGUGCAUUCUUCUCUCAGCGCUCCCAUCUUUAACUUCUUCAAGAAGGUCGAGUCGUCCACAGACCUUGAUGAUAUGUUGGGAAGUGGGACAUCCAUGGGCAGGAAGACUUCAAUGAAGAAAGCCAAUCUUUAUGCCUGUCUGUCACUGCAGAAACUGCCAGAAGAAAUGGUUAUUAGUCCUUGUCUGCUGGAUUUCCUGGAACAAGCUCUUGAACCCUUGCCACUGUUUUCUCAGUCUUCAAACAAAAAAGAAUCAGAAUCAGCUGACCUGAUGGGCAGUGUGCUGAAUAUUGACCUCGAUGGCCUGAAUGCCUCCCAUGGAUCUCUGGGAUACCCGGCCAGUGUGGGAUCGUUUCCAGUUGAUGUGGUUGUACUGAUUAAGGUGGAAUCUUCGGUGGUCCGUUUCAACUGUCUGCCCAUCUCGCGUGUCGAAUGUCUCGUGCAGGUGCCAUCCUUGGAGCUUGUCUUCUCCACCAAGAAGUCAGAUGUUGAGGGGGCCAUUAAGGAGAGUACACCCCCAACAAAGACCAAAAUGUCACAUCGGACAAAAGAACGUCACAGCAGCGGUCAAGGCUCGGGUGGCGGACGGGUUCGUCUCGGCAGUAGCCUGUCUGAAAGUUCGGGUUUCGUGACGACCCACUCGGGUGGGCUCAGUGUGACGGGCUACAUGUCGGACUUCUCACUGUACGUCUUCCACCCGUACGGGGCCAGUCAGCGCAGAUCAGGACAGCACACUCCCACUGCUAAAUCUUCUCUAGGAAGUAUUCAGGAGCACGGUGGAAAUACGUUUCUGGAGCUGUCACGUAAAGAUUCGCUCAGCCUCAAUGUGGAGUUCAUUCGGGUGAAUAUUUGUCGCAGUCGCAAGAUGGAAAUAAGAAUGGAGUCAUCAAUGUCCAAGUCUGAAUCAAACAUCAGAUCAAACAUGGUUCACUUCUCAGCAAUAUGUGACAUUGGAACUGCAUCUUUCAAGUAUGACAUGCGCCGACUUUCAGAAAUUCUUGCUUUGCCUAAGGCUUGGUAUCGUCGCAACUUGGCCCGCCGACUUUUCCUUGGUGAUGAUAGCUUUGCACUAGGAGGUGAAGAUUUAGACCGAGUAUCAUGCUGUUCGUCCCCUGGGGCCUCAUCCGAGCGCCCUAUUUUCAUGUCCCAGAAUUCCAUUUCCUCCCCAUCUCUAAACAUGAUUGGCGAGACGCUGCAUUGGGUGGAGCGGAAGAGACAUCACCGGCGGGUGUCGUCUGGAGACAAAGUCAAACUCACUCAGAUCAGUUCCGAUUUUAAGCACGAAAUAGAUCAGAAAUCUAACAAAAAAGGUGUGCAGGUUCCCGUGGAGACAGGCCCACCACCCGAGAGUGCCGCUCACCCUGCGCCGUCUAAACCGGGGCUGCGAUCACGCGCCAAGCACACCGGCUCGGAGACGACGCGCGACCGCAACACAUCCAGCAUCCAGGGUCACUCGGCCACGUGGGAGACUCUUGUCUUGUUCGCUGUCAAUCUAUCGCGUCUCGAUGUCGAUAUCAACAUGAGCAACGUCAUGGGCAACACUGUCUGGAACACCAAAGACAUCAAGACUCAGGGUCGACUGUCCAUUGACAGCAGCGGUCACAAGAACCUGAAGAUCACCGCGGGGCUGGGGGGUUCUUCAUUUGACUCACACGGCGGAGUUGUCGGCGGGGCAAUUGAUCUUCAUGAUCUCAGCGCAUUUUUCCACGUGAGUGAGGACCCGGCACUGGGUCAUGACCCUGACCACCACGCGGGGCUGACACUGCACACGUUUGAGGGCCGCAUCGACUACAUGGGCAGCAGCGUGUUGAUGACACGACUCAGCUCCCUCGACGGCCGUCUGCAGGAUGAGUGGCAUGUUGAGAGACACGUGGAGGAAGAUGCACCCGUCGCUACAAAGAGGUCGGCCUACCUGUUUGUGAAUGGCAACAUGACGUGGGAUCAGCUUCACCUGAUGAUAUCGCGAUCGACAACCCCGGACCUCAUCAAACUGGUCUCCAAACUCGAAGAGUUCUUCACACAGCAGCUGGCAAGCAGUCGGCGAGCAUUCUCGUCUUUCGGACAAAUUCCUGGAGCCAGGCAGAGAAUACAGUCACCCGUGUCGUCCAAGAUGUCUGAUGAAUUAAUCUCGGAACUCCGUCACCACCGCCACUGGCAGCCUGCUCUCGAACACCUGGUUGGCUGUAAGUUCCGCAUGCUGUCUCAGAUCCUGCCCAACGAGGGAAUGAUUCUCGGCGGCUCAGUCUCUCUACAGGGCAAGAAUCUGUCCCUCGCCUCAUUCCAUGGCAUCAAUUUCCGGUCCAAGUCAUGGGCCAUCUUCAACAUCAAGGAACCCGACAUCUACUUCUCAACAGAGGCUCAGAAAACGUCUGACGGAGGAACACACAUUGUGGAGGACCUCACCUUCAUCCUGGGUAACACGGCCACCAACACAAAGGAGUCUGGCAAGAAUGACAUGGCCACCAUUUGCAAGGUUUCACGCAGCCACUACGUGCCACAACAGUUCACCAGCGUUCAGGAAUGGUUUAGUUACGCUUUUGCUGACACAGAAGAAGUGAAGCUGUUUCCCACGACAACUCCCGGCUGUGAAAGUCUGCAGGAACACAGGAAAUCAGUGAUCCGAAAAUCUCAGGUGUAUAACCACGAGAUCGAAACAAUAUUUGCUCUACCAUCUCUGUAUGUGAAUCUGAAGACUUUCCACUACCAGGGUGAACAUGAACCAGGGCCAGAUGACCCUAAACCUGUUGUGCAGAGCAGCUUUGUGACGGAGUUUCAUGAUCACAUCUUCGUUGCCAUGGAUGCUGAAGCUGUCCUGUUUCUGCAUGACCUUGUGUCAUCAUAUCUGAAGGAAAAAGACAGAGGUGAACGGACGUCACAGAGGUCUGUGGUAAAGUCUCCGGACUCUGACAAAAAGAAACUCACAGAUCCGACUGCAGCUUUGAAACAGGACUGGAGAGAAUUCCAGUGCAAGACAUGGCAGCUAGAACCAACUGUCAGGUUACUUCACUGGGCCAGCACACAGAUUGACCCUGUGUGGUAGUGUGUAUAACUGUACUAUCUGUUGUUGCAGGUUACUUCACUGGGCCAGCACACAGAUUGACCCUGUGUGGUAGUGUGUAUAACUGUGCUAUCUGUUGUUGCAGGUUACUUCACUGGGCCAGCACACAGAUUGACCCCGUGUGGUAGUGUGUAUAACUGCUAUCUGUUGUUGCAGGUUACUUCACUGGGCCAGCACACAGAUUGACCCUGUGUGGUAGUGUGUAUAACUGUGCUAU